AUGCCCCGUCCUUCUCCUAUCCGAGUCUGGUCGAAAGGUUCCUCCACAUCUUCAAGCUCCACAUCUACUCGGAGCCACAGUUCAAGCCACACACAAUACACAAACCUCACAUCCUACUCCUAUAGUGACACAAAACCCGACAUCAAAGGACAUUCUACAUAUGAAGCAUGUGAGGUCGUGGAAAAGCCUCUCUCUUAUGAGGAAGACCAUCACAUCAACCCACGAGCCUCGAGUGAAACAUAUGCCUCGACCAUUCCCGACGAGAAGGAGUCCAACAACCGAAAAAGUCUCAACCCUUUGAUGCGCUCUAUCUGUUAUGAACCAGACUCCAUAUCAACCACUCCGGCCGAGUUUGGGGAGCUCUUCCCUUCCACCCGCCGACUUCUUAUUCAACAUGACGAUACCAGUCCAGAUGGCAACCUGAACCUUCGCCUGGACACCGAGUUGACCAUUUCCAGAGGCCAUCGGGUGAAAUUGACGCUUUUCCAUCUAAGAAUGUAUGACUUGGCUGAACGACAAUUCUCUCUUCGUCGAUAUCAGCGGCAGUCGGGUCGAGAAGUCUGCAGCUCGAAAAGAAAGUACUUGAAGCCGACUUCCAAGUCAUCGUUAUCUUCAAGAAAGGGUUCUCUCGUCAACGCCUUGACGAAAAUGAACUUGAAAGCCUUUUCCACCAAACCUCGACCAAGACCUUCGUACGAGGUCGAUGACAGCGAGUCGGAAGAUGACUUGGAUAUUUGCAACCAGGCGGAUGUGGAAGCCAGUAUUCCCACAGAAACCAUCCGGAUCGAGUUCUCGAAUUAUGCUCAAGUUGAACUUCAGCGGACUCGGCGUGGUGACGGCAAAGCGUACGACUUUGAAUACUGGGGCCAACAAUAUACUUGGAGAAAAGUCAUAUACAAAGAUGAAAGAGAAUCGAUCUUCUCCUUUGAGUUGGUCAACCUAGCCUCAGGAAACUGUUUGGCUCAUAUCACCCCAGACAAACUCUCUCGUCAUCAAAGCAGACAUGAGAUUUCUCAAGGAACCUGGGUACCGCCUUGCAGUAUGAGGAUUACUGAAAAAGAGGUAUCGGGUGACCUUGGAGAUGUUAUCAUUGCAACCGGAUUGAUGACACUUGCCGACGACUGCAUUAGACAGCACUGGCGUGAUGCUCACCGCUCAUGA